GCCAAAAAUGGAUCACGAAAGGCCAAUCUCUCCGAGUUCUCUCCAGACUCACUUUGUUGACAUUCAUGAGGUCUUACCAGAAGAAGAAGAAGAGGGAGAUCCAACUAUGGCUGAUAAAUCAGAGAAUAAGCGCUUUAACCGACACGUUAGAGUAAGAGACGUGAAGAGAAGCCACAGGAGUUUCCGCAGGCAAGUUUCUCUAGAGACUGGCUUUUCUGUGCUCAACAGAGAGUCCAAGGCCAGAGAUCAUGAGAGGAAGGCUCUUCCUAGAAGUGGAAGGAGUUUCGGAGGUUUCGAUUCGGAAAAUAGGAUCGGAAUGGAGGGAAGGAAAGGUGACUUUAGUAUAUUCAGGACCAAAUCAACUCUCAGUAAACAAAACUCUUUGUUGCCAUCUAGAAUUAAGGAUCAAAAAGAGAUGGAGUGUCAUAGGAAUAUUGAAGGGUCUGAAGGGCUUGAUGAGAGUGUUAAUAAAAGUGUUCCUGCUGGGAGAUACUUUGCCGCGCUUAGAGGUCCUGAGUUAGACCAAGUAAAGGAUUAUGAAGAUAUUCUUCUUCCAAAAGACGAGCUAUGGCCAUUUCUCCUUCGGUUUCCAAUCGGGUGUUUUGGUAUUUGUCUUGGCCUUAGCAGCCAAGCCGUCUUGUGGCGUGCUCUUGCAACAAGCCCCGCCGUCGAGUUUCUCCACAUUAGCCCUUUCAUAAACCUUGCCCUCUGGCUAUUUGCCCUUGCAGUUCUUGUCUCGGUCACUUUCACAUACAUUCUCAAAUGCAUAUUCUACUUUGAGGCUGUUAAAAGAGAGUAUUUUCACCCGGUAAGGGUCAACUUCUUCUUUGCCCCUUGGGUUGUCUGCAUGUUCUUGUCCAUUUCCGUACCGCCAAUGCUUGCCCCGGCAACCCUUCACCCUGCAAUUUGGUGCGCUUUCAUGGGGCCUUAUUUCUUCCUUGAGCUAAAGAUCUAUGGCCAGUGGCUUUCGGGCGGUAAAAGGCGGCUUUGCAAGGUGGCAAAUCCGUCUUCUCACCUCUCGGUCGUUGGAAACUUUGUAGGAGCGAUUUUAGCCUCCAAGGUGGGGUGGCAGGAGCCUGCAAAGUUCUUGUGGGCAGUUGGUUUUGCUCAUUACCUUGUGUUGUUUGUCACUUUGUACCAGAGAUUGCCAACUAGUGAAGCUUUGCCCAAGGAGCUACACCCGGUUUACUCCAUGUUUAUAGCAGCUCCAUCGGCUGCUAGUCUUGCUUGGCGUACCAUCUAUGGAGAGUUUGAUGGGUGUUCCAGGACUUGCUACUUCAUAGCUUUGUUUCUCUAUAUUUCAUUGGUUGUAAGGAUCAACUUCUUCACAGGGUUUGGGUUUUCAGUGGCGUGGUGGUCUUACACCUUUCCAAUGACAACUGCCUCUGUAGCUACCAUCAAGUAUGCAGAAGAUGUCCCUUCGUUUCUAACCAAAGGCCUCGCACUUACUCUUUCUUUCGUGUCAUCAGCAAUGGUGUCUGUGUUAUUUGUUUCGACUCUUCUCCAUGCCUUUGUAUGGCGCACAUUGUUUCCGAAUGACUUGGCGAUUGCGAUAACAAAGAGAAGGCUUGCCAAGGAGAAGAAACCUUUUAAAAGAGCCUAUGAUAUUAAGCGCUGGACAAAGCAGGCUCUCACCAAGAACAACUCAGUUAGAAAGCAAUUUGAUGCAGAGAAAGAAGGCUAAUGAUUCCUCCAUAAUCAGAAGAAACAAGUUAUGCAAUGCUAUUUUCACGUACCGAAUUAAUCACAAAUUAAAACCAUGAUUCCACGAAGAUCAUUUUUGGAAGAUCAGAAAUCCAUAAUGCUCACGAUGUUGUAUUCAUAGAGCAAUUUAAUGGAGACAAAGUAAGAAAAAUAUGAGAGCAUUAGUGAUGCUAAUAGUACAACAUACACGACGAUUAUAUUGUAUGAGCACUCGUAUAUAUCCCCAUGGUUAAAAUCCCCACUAUUUAUGUAAAGUGGGUUCCACAAGGUAGGUAGGUGGGACUAUACUUAGUGGGACCUAUUUUCCAUUUUAUAUCUCUC